AUGGCGGCCAUGGCUACAACCCUCACUUCUUCUUCAACCAAACCUUCUUUUUUCGACAACAAAUCAUCCUUCCUCCAUGGCUCUUCCCCUGUAUUUUCCCGGGUUCAACCCAUCAAAUCAUCGGGCGCCCCACAAAACCUCUCCAUCUCCAUGUCCAUGAACUCGCCGGCUUACAACCUUGACGCAUUUACCUUCCAACCCAUCAAAGAAUCCAUCGUUGCCCGUGAAAUGACCCGGAGAUACAUGACCGACAUGAUCACCUACGCCGACACCGACGUCGUCAUCGUCGGAGCCGGUUCCGCCGGGCUCUCCUGCGCCUACGAGAUCAGCAAGAACCCCAACAUCCGGGUCGCCAUCAUCGAACAGUCCGUCAGCCCCGGCGGCGGCGCGUGGCUCGGUGGACAGCUUUUCUCCGCCAUGGUUGUCCGGAAACCGGCCCACAAAUUCCUGGACGAGCUCGAAAUCGAGUACGACGAGGCGGAUCACUACGUGGUGAUCAAACACGCCGCCCUGUUCACAUCCACGAUCAUGAGCAAACUCCUCGCCAGGCCGAAUGUGAAAUUGUUCAACGCCGUUGCGGCCGAGGAUUUGAUCGUGAAGGGCGGCAGGGUCGCCGGAGUUGUGACCAAUUGGGCUCUGGUUUCCAUGAAUCACGACACACAGUCGUGUAUGGACCCCAAUGUGAUGGAGGCUAAAGUGGUGGUCAGUUCUUGUGGUCAUGAUGGGCCUUUUGGAGCUACCGGCGUCAAGAGAUUGAAGAGCAUCGGAAUGAUUGACAGCGUUCCUGGAAUGAAGGCCCUUGAUAUGAACACCGCUGAGGACGCCAUUGUUAGGCUCACCAGAGAAAUUGUGCCUGGAAUGAUCGUUACUGGCAUGGAAGUUGCUGAAAUUGAUGGUUCUCCAAGAAUGGGACCAACAUUUGGAGCAAUGAUGAUAUCAGGACAAAAGGCAGCACAUUUGGCAUUGAAAGCUUUGGGACAACCAAAUGCUUUGGAUGGAACUGAAGUGAGCACAACUCAACCAGAGCUCAUCCUUGCGGCUGCUGAGAAUGCAGAGAUUGUUGAUGCUUAA